UUUGUGACUAAAGUUCGCUCUGCUUUUGACUCCUCCAUGCCUUGUGAAAUUUCCAAUCAGCUUCCAGCCGCCCUAAUACGGCACUAUUAGUAUUGAAUCAUUAUAUCUAUACGAAAACUUCAGUUGAUGGCACGGUUUACCAACAGUGAUUUCACGAAAAUACCUUUGGUUUUUCUUCCCUUUCCUGCUUUGCUUUUUAAUGUUAAACAGUGGAUUUACAAAUUUCCCCUUACUAUUUGUUGGCUGGGGGUGCCACUACCUCUUAGAAGAUACCCGUUUGUUCCAUUUGCGUCCAGAUUCUCCCCAGUUCUCUCUCUCACAAACCACGAACCAAAAAAUCCUCUCUCUAAAAAGAUCACGAACCCCAGCUCAAUCUCUCUCAAAACCUGUUAACCACAACACAAUCCGGUCCCGAUUCGAAGAAAGCUUUAAGCCCAGAAAAAGUUCGGUUUCAUGGGGAGUUUGUUUUGAUUUUUUGUGGAAGAAUUCCAGUUUCCAGCGCUUCGUAUUCUUCAAUUACAGCAAAACUCAAUUCCAUUUGCAAAGAAGAGAUACAUCAUGGCGUUGGCAGUGGUAGGUGGAGCCGCUCUCUCGGGUUUCUUCCAGCAAGUAUUUGUGAAGUUGGAUUCUCAGGAGGUCAAGAACUUCAUCAGAGGAAAGAAACUGACUGAUGGGUUGCUGAAGAAGUUGAGGAUCGAGUUGAUGUCUGUCAAUGCUGUUUAUGAUGAUGCCGAGCAAAAGCAAUUAAGUAACCCAGUUGUGAAGCAGUGGCUGCAUGAGCUUAAAGAAGCAGUCUUUCAUGCUGAGGACCUACUGGACGAGAUCAAGACAGAAGCGUUAAGGCGGAAAAUUGAAGCAGAAUUUGGAAGUAGCACAAGCAAGGUACAAGACCUCAUCUCUGCUUAUUUCCAUGCUUUUGAUGAGUCUGUAGACACCAAGAUAGAGGAAAUUCUUGAGAGGCUAAGCUCCAUUUCAAAACAUAAAGAUGUCCUCGGUUUGAAAGAACGUUGUAGUCACAGAAUCUUACAAACAUUGCCUUCAACUUCUUUAGUAGAAGGCUUUGAUGUGUAUGGAAGGGAUCAUGAGAAGGAAACCAUCAUUCAAUUGUUGCUAUCAGAUGAUGUUACUUGUAAUAAGAUUGGCGUCAUUCCCAUCGUGGGCAUGGGUGGGAUCGGAAAGACCACCCUUGCUCAGCUCUUAUACAAUGAUGAUAGAGUGAAGCAGCAUUUUAAUGCCCGAGCAUGGGUUUGUGUUUCUGAUGAAUUUGACGUUGGUAAGAUCACACAAACAAUUUAUGCAUCAGUCACUUCACAAACCUGUGAUACCACAGACCUAAAUCAGCUUCAAGUCAAACUCAAAGAUUCUUUGGCGGGGAAGGAGUUUCUUUUUGUUCUUGAUGAUGUUUGGAACGAGAAUUACAAUAUUUGGGAUUCCUUGAGGCGCCCCUUCGAGUCUGGAGCUCAUGGAAGUAAGAUCAUUGUCACCGCAAGGAAUGGUGGUGUUGCAUCUACGAUGGGUACUCUUCAAACCCACUAUUUAAAGCACUUACUUGAGGAAGACUGUUGGUCUUUAUUUGCAAAACAUGCCUUCAAAGAUGCAAGUGUUAUUGUAGAUCCAAAUCUGGAGGUAAUUGGAAGACAAAUUGUUAGAAAGUGUAAAGGCCUUCCUUUAGCUGCAAAAUCUCUCGGUGGUCUCUUACGCUCUGAACCAAAUGUGGAAGAAUGGGAAAAUGUGCUAAAAAGUGACAUAUGGGAGUUGUCAGAUGCAAAGAUUGAAAUUCUGCCGGCUCUAUGGCUAAGCUACCAGUACUUGUCUCCUGUGCUGAAGCGUUGUUUUGCUUAUUGUUCGAUAUUUCCCAAAAAUUAUAAAUUUGACAAGUCUAAAUUAAUUUUGUUGUGGAUGGCCGAAGAUCUUUUGCAACCCCAAAAGAAGACUUGGUUGGAAGAUGUUGGAAAGCAAUACUUUGAUGAUCUAAUCUCACGGUCAUUUUUUCAAUACUCAUCUUCAAAUGAUUGUUUCAUCAUGCAUGAUCUGAUGCAUGAUUUGGCGACUUACGUAUGUGGGGAAUUUUGCAUUAGAUUGGAAGACCACGACUUGUCAUUGGACGUUGUGAGCAAGGGUCGUCAUUUUUCUUAUAUGCAAUAUUCAUCUAAUGUUGAUUCUGAGAGAUUUGACACUAUUUAUGAAGCUAAGUAUCUGCGCACCUUCAUUCUUGGCGAUUUCUAUUUGCCGACAGUACGACUUGAUCUCCUUUUAAUGCUACAGUGUUUAAGAGUUGUCAAACUUCAAGGGAAUGAUAUCAGGGAGUUGCCUAAUUCGAUUAGCAACUUGAAGCAUCUACGGUACCUCGACUUGUGUUACACUCCAAUCCAUAAAUUACCAGACACGGUAUGCAGUUUGUAUAAUUUACAAACGUUGUUGGUAUCGAAUUGUAGAUAUCUAGCUGAGUUGCCCACCGAUUUGAGAAAACUUAUCAACUUGCGCCAUCUUGAUUUCAAAGGUACGAAAAUAAAAAAGAUGCCCCCCCACAUGGGCAAGUUGAAAGAUCUCCAAACAUUUGGAGGUGAGUUUGUCUUGAGCAAAGAUGCUGGGGGAUACAUUGAUGAGUUAAAGGGGUUUCAUCAUUUGAGUGGAAAUCUUCAUAUUUCAGGGCUUCAAAAUAUCAAACAUGUUGAGGAUGCUUUGGAGGCCAAACUGAGGGACAAGAAGCUCAGUGAAAUACAUUUGAAAUGGGAAGGUGACACUGCUGAUUCUCAAAACGAUAGCCGAGUGCUGGGCAACCUGCAGCCCAAUACAAAUCUAAAGGUACUGGCAAUAAAGGGAUACGGAGGUAUAAAGUUUCCAAGUUGGUUAGGAGAUGAGUCUUUCUCUAAUCUCAUCACUCUCCGACUUAAGAAUUGUGGAUAUUGUUUCUCCCUGCCAGCAUUGGGGCGGCUAACGUCCCUCAAAAGGCUUGAAAUUGAUGGGUUGAAUGGAGUGGAAUUAGUGGGGUCUGAGUUUUAUGGGCCUGCAUUUAAAACUCUGGAGUUUCUAAGUUUCCGCAGUAUGCGGGAAUGGCAAGAGUGGUGUUUCCCUGGAGGUGAAGAAGAAGAAGGCGGACAUUUUCCUAAUCUGUGCGAGCUUAGUCUGGACAACUGUCCCAAACUAACGGGAAAAUUACCGUUAUACUACUUCCCAAGACUUGAGCGGCUAAUUUUGCACGAAGUUAAUAUCGAAUCCCUUGCUUGUUCGCAAGAAUGCAAUAAAUUCAAUAUUGAACUCCCAUCCCUCCGUGACUUGAGAAUAUCAGAUUGCCCGAAUCUGGUAUGUUUUGUGGGUGGUGGAGUGCUGCUUGCGCCCAACUUGAAGUGGAUAACUAUGUGGCGUUCUAAAAACUUGUGGUCAGUGCCAGAGGAGAUGCACGCCUCUCUCCCGUCUCUUCAGUCUCUGUCCAUAAAAGGGUGUAAAGAAUUUAAAUCAUUUCCGGAAGAAUCUAAAUUCCCAUCCCUCGAUGAUUUGAAGAUAAUGGCAUGCCCAGAAUUUGUGGGUUUCCUCUAUGGAGGAGGACUGGAAGCGCCCAACUUGAAGACGAUGGAAAUCAAUGAAUGUAAUGAAUUCAGGUCACUGCCAGGGGAGAUGCACGCCUCUCUCCCGUCUCUUCGGUCUCUGUUCAUACGAGGGAGUAAAGAAUUUAAAUCAUUUCCGGAAGAAUCUAAAUUCCCAUCUCUCUCGUGUUUGAAUAUAUGGGAUUGUCCAGAAUUGGAAUCAUUUCCGGAAGGGGGAUUGCCGUCUAAAUUGCGUGAACUCAGAAUCGGGAGUUGUAAAAAACUGAUGGCAAACCGUAUGCGGUGGGGUCUACAAACACUCACCUCUCUCGAAACGUUGGAUGUCAGCUUCUUAGAAUGUGAAGAAGAAGAAAUUGGCGAAUCAUUUCCAGAAGAGGGGCAGCUGCCAACCACUCUCACUUCUCUCGGAAUCCUCCAGCAUCCGAAUCUGAAAACAAUUGACGGCAAGGCGUUAAGACACCUCAUCUCUCUCAAGGAGUUGAGCAUUUUGUUUUGUCCUCGACUCCAGAGCUUGCCAGAUGAAGGGCUACCCACUUCUCUUUCUGGUCUAGAAAUCUGCGAGUGUGAUUUGCUAACACAACGGUGCCAGAGAGACACGGGAGAAGAUUGGGCCAAGAUUUCUCACAUCCCCAAGGUGUUGAUUGAUGGCCGAGAGAUAUGAUUUGCAAUGGUACUCUUGUCCCAUAUAAACUUGAAAGUAUUUGCGAUAGAAAGAUCUAUCGGAGCUACAAAAAUUCCAAAUCGGUUAGGAGAUGACUUGUUCCUUCUCUCAUCUUGUUACUCUUCGACUUGUGGAUUGUGAACAUUGUUUUUCAAUGCCAGCAUUGUCACAGCUACCAUCUCUCAGGAGGCUUGAAACUGAUGGGUUAAAUGGAGUGGAAUUGUUCCUCUUUUCUUAUUGUGUCUUACGGUGGUUCUAUUAUACGACAGUUUGUUGUAUCGAACUAGUCUUCGGUGAAAAAGGAGCUUCAACAAGUCUAUGAGCUCUAGUUUUCGAAUUUCCUUUUUCAAGUUUGUUUCCAAAUUAUGUCUAUUGAGAGGUAGAUUUUGGUACUUUGUAGAAUUCGAAUUCAAAUGUUUGGUUUGUAAAAUAUGGAUGAUGAUUUCAUUUCUGUGGAACUGUGAAUCUUUGAUCAUGCUUGAAUGUUGUCAGACCAGAGUAUCGAAAACCCUCUGUUGUUUACUAAUCGAUCUCAAGCGGUCUAGAUUCGAUUUGUU